GCAGAAUCUAAUGCCCCUUUCUGUUCACCUAAAUUACUCUCGGCUGUACCAGUUAGUUCACCUAAGCACUGCCACCUAAACCAGCAAUAAGCAGCAGUCUGCCAGAAUGGACCAGCCGUUAUUUAUGGCUUUACCCCAAAGCCCAGCCUUAAUUUGAACAGGUCAUUUUGGAGGCCAUGCAUGCCUGCCACUUGCCAUAAUGGCAUUAUCGAAAUAUUCUCCUACCACAAGGGUGGAUAAAUAGCUUGACAACUAUAUCAACGCCCAUCGUCUUUUGCCCCUUACUCAGCCAUUAAGCAUCUUCUCUAACAAGACAAGUAUACACCAGUUUCAGGUUACAGAGAGGAGAAAAAAGAUGUCUUUGGUGACAGAAGAGAUCAAAGCCAGUGCUUCAGAAGUAUACCAUGGAGAUGAGAUCUGUCAAGUGAAAUCCAAGUCUUUGCUGGAGGAGAUGGGCAUGCCCAGAGGGCUUUUGCCCUUGAAAGACAUUGAAGAAUGUGGAUAUGUGAAGGAGACAGGGUUCGUGUGGCUUAAACAGAAGAAGAGCAUAACCCACAAGUUUGAAAAGAUUGGGAAGCCUGUUUCGUAUGCAACUGAAGUCACUGCAGUGAUUGAGAAAAACAGGAUAAAGAAGCUGAAUGGGGUUAAGAGCAAGGAGCUUUUGAUUUGGGUCACACUGAGUGAUAUCUAUGUUGAUGAUCCAGCCACUGGCAAAAUCACUUUCAAGACCCCUGCUGGGCUGUCCAGAUCUUACCCUGUAUCUGCUUUUGAGAUUGAAGGCGAGGAAUCAUCCAAGGAGAAGAACUAGGACAAGGUGUCCCAAUUUCCAUUAGGAGAAGAACCCUUCAUCUCUGGGUUAAUUUAAUAUUCAUGGUUUUGGAUUGCUGUCAUUUCCUGUUGAGUGUCUUUAACUAGUAGCAUUACUUCUAGUAAUCAAUCAAUAUAUAACAAUUAAAAAAAAGAGGUGUUUACAGUUUCAAUCUCGGAAAACUUGUUGCAUUGCAUGUUAGUACUACAACAUAUGCAUUGUUGCUUCAACCUAUUGGAAGCAACCCAAAUUAUUUUUAACUUAAAAAUAUGCUAUUGUCUUGUUUGCCUA